UUGCGCACGCGCCACCCGCGUCCUGGAACAGGUGAUGUUACAUACCUGCGAUGUCUCAUGACCGCCGUCAUCGUGCAUCCAAUCGUCACGCACGGAUGAUCUGCUGCUGGACGAUCCGAUACCUGGCUGUGAUAAUUACCGAGGCUCGUCGCACCCAUACACGCGGGACACGCGUCGCGAUGAUGGCCGAGAUGACAGUACCAAGAUAGAAUUGUGCCGACGGGCAUCCCGGGAUCCACGGAGCGGACUACGCUGGCUACGUGGUGGUAGCAGUCCUGAAAGUGACGGGAAGAAUCAUGGCUUUCCCACCUUUAGUCAGCUCUACGCCACCGCCUUUAGACAACUUUGGAGAGUCUGAUGAAGAUGAAUUUGGAGAUUUCACGGCUGGUGGAAUAGAUGGUCUGUCUGUUUCAUCAGAAUCCCCACAAAAAUUGAUCACUCCGGUACAAACGCCAAUAGCAUCACAGAACGUAUCUCCUAGAGUAAAUGGUAUUAACGAGUCACCAGUAUUGGAUAAUUGCCCUAAGAUAAACGAAGCCUCGAAAUGUGGCGUUAUCGACGAUCUGUUGAUCGUCGAAAAGGCAGAGAACCAUGUGAGCCAUAUAAGAUUGAAGAAUAAUAGUAACGUAUUGGAGAAUAAUUUUGGAAACUCUAGUAUAACAGAACACAAUGUAUUAGAUUCACCUAGGAGUGGCGAGUCGCGUAAUGUUGAGACUAGUAAUAGCGUUAAUCACGUUUGUACUCGGAAUGUUUUAGCUAAGGAAAAUUUUGUUGAUACAGAUGUAAUUAGUAGUAACAAUAGUAGUUUAGCUGAUAGCGUAAAGACAGUCAGUGAACAGGAGGGAUCGUCGAACGCUUUGGAGGCGAAUGACGAGGCGGAACCCGUGAGUCUGGACUUGGAGGAUCCCACGAGUACGCCGGACAUUCUGCAACAAUUGGACGAUGAUUUUUACAAUUAUGAACAGUUUAAAGAUUCCACUGAGUGGGACGACGCUGUUUGCGAUGAAAAGAUGGAUGUAACUGUGACGGUUCUGCAGUCAGAUUACAUGAAUGAUAAGCCUAAUUCCAUGGAUGCGGAAUGUAACGUAACGGAUGAGGUUGAAGAAACUUAUGCACCAUACGGCGAGAAUGAAACCCGUGUCAAUGAUACUAAUGACAAAUCUGCCUUUAUUCAUGAUGAAAGGACAAUUUCCAGUUUUGUUACCUUGCAAGAACUUAAUGUAGACAGUACCAAUGUUCUUAGACAACCGGACUGCGAAUUCACUGUUCAGCCGAAAUUUAUAGAGAUGUACGAUGUAAUAGCCAACACUGAGGCGAGCAAUGAGAAGUCGAGUAAAACUGUAAAUGAUUCUUUCAGCUUUGAUUUCACUUUCGACAACGAUACUGUAAGAGAGGAAUCAAAUCUAGAUGAUACAUCUGUACAUCCGCAUAUUGAAGACAUUCACCUUCGAAACUUUAGUAGAAAAAGCGACGCGAAUACUUUUCCUAAUAAUUUCUGCGAUGUAGCUGAUGUAAAAAGUACUAUACAAUCAAAAGAAAGCGAAUAUGUAGCCGUAGAAACGAAAAAUCAAAUUAUACAAAAAAUAGAUGUGAAUGAGGCGAGUGAGGAAAUUACCGCUUAUUCCGAGAGGAAAGAGUCUAGUAACGAAGAGAUACGAAAACACUACAUUCCGGAAAAUGGUUUUGACGCACACGAUAAUUCCGACUUUACAGAAUUUAUGGAGCAUAGAGAUUUCGAAGAUGUAUCGGAGUUGACAAAUAACUACAAUUCAAUAUCCAGUAAUAGUACAUACGAGACAGUACAAAUUCACGAUUUACAUACAUCUUCAUCCGAUGCGUCUUGUAUACAAAAGUUUUCACCAAUUAAAGCUUCACUGCCAUCUACUAAUGCAUCCCUCGACUGCUUAAAGGAUAAAGUUAAUAUUACGAGUACCACGGACGAAGAAUGUGCCACGUAUGAGAGCGAAAAUUCUGUAAUAUAUUUUAGUGACGGCAAAUUUUAUGAUUUUCAUUUACAAACGAUCGAGCCAACGGCAACCGAAACACGGGAGAGUAGCUGUCCUGGAUUCAAAGGUGUAAACAAUGAGGAUGACGAUUUUGGCGAUUUUGCUAAUUUUUCCAGUACGACGGUAGAAUGGAAAUCUGACGAUGCUAAAGAAUUAAAGGUACCUGAGGACGACGAUGAUUUCGGAGACUUUAGUAAUUUUGAAACGUCAACGGAUGUAGUAGAGGCACAACAGUUUAGUUUAAAAGAAUCUAUAUGUCGGAUAGAAAACAAGAAUGCUGCGAAUAAAAUAGAAGAUAUAAUAGCAAAUAUGUUUUUCGUGGUUUCUGAAUAUAAUGAAGUCGAAUUGAAAGCCUUAAUAGAUAAAACGGAUAAAAUUUGGCAGAAUGUAAAGAGCGUGGAAGAAACCAAUGCUCUCACUUAUCAAUGGGCAAACAGUAGUAGUAACAAUAUUCUUUUGAACGCUCUUGGCAUCGAUUCCCGAAACAUCCUGUUUGGACCGAGAUGGAACCCAAAUAUACCAAGAUUUGCUGCAAAUCUUGGUUUUACUCCGUUAGAGCCAAUUAAAGCUAGCGCUGAACCUCAGCAGCCUUCUACAGCAGCCAGCGCUAGCAAGAUGCAAGGUGCAGCUUGUUCAGAUGAAGUACCUGCCGCUCAAUUUGAUUGGAAUAGUUCUGGUCUUGUAAAUCCUCUAGAUGCUAAUACAGGUGAUGGGUUAUCUGCUCUUCUGCCUCUGGAUUUGUUGUGUCCGUUUGACCCUCUACUAACACCUCAUUGCUCCACACAUUCCGAAUCCUAUCAUCAGUCAUCUUGCUCAACGAACUCCGUUUAUUACUAUCCAACAGAAGCACUUGUACAAGAACCAAAAAGUCAAUCUAUGAAAUCGCAAAACUUAUCCGACUUUACGAGCAGUUCACUGAAACAGCAAAAAUUGUCUCAGACAUCGAAAAUAAUAGAACCGUUGCCAGGACCCUGUACAGUGGAAUGGAAGAAGAAGACCGAACAAGAUUUCGGAAUCAAGCAGAAAAGCAACCCGUCGCAUCGAGCAUUGAAAAGUGUCUCUCUGACCAACAAUAAAUCAUUUCCAAUAAGCAAUAAUACCUCCAGGGUACACGAGUAUCACAGAAAGGUAGUAGUCGGUAAGAAAGAGAAUACGCAAGGUGCGGAACACGUGGUCAUGGACCGAUACGGCCGACCGAUGACUGUGCAAGCCGAAACCAUGAAAGUUUUGAAUCAGUUACCGGACCUGUCGUUUUUGAACGCGAGAACUUUGCUAUUCAAUCGCGAACAGAGGCAGAUCGUGCCGGAUCUGGGCGCUAUGAUAAAUCGGAAGAUGCCUGGCUGAGUAACAUCGGUCUGAACACGAGUUUGAAAGGGCAAACGCGAGAGGAAACUUCCCAGAGAACCUGUUGCGAGCUGGAUGUUUCUAAAUGACCCAUACAAUCAAAAUGUACUUCUGCUACCUUUCAAAUCUGUGUUCAGACCAACCUUUGAUCCAACCUUGGCUCUUCCACGUCAGGAAAGGAUAAUGAGACGUCACGUAUGAAAGACACUGUCCUAUAUUAAUCUAUUCGCUUGCGGCACCGAGCAAUGCACUUCGACAUUCCGAAUCAUUAUUGUUUUGUGAUUUUAUAGCGCUAUUGGUACUGUUACUGAAUCUUUCAAAGUCUUUACUUUGUUACACAAUUAUAAUUUAACGUUGUAGCGAUUGUUUCGGAAAUUAUCGCACGUUUGUUUCGUUAACUCAGCAGUUGUGUAAUCUUUAUUAAAGACGAUAGUUUUAUGUCCUUAAUUAGAUAUAAGAAAUCACACAUUCGGCCAUAUUCUAGUCUACAGUUCUUAAUAAUUAAGUUUUAUAUAUUAUAUGUUAGAGAAGAUUUGUUCGAAUUGUUUAUUUUCGAUAAUGAUGAUUGCGGGCAAUUGAGCAGCGCUGGAGUAUUAUACUCAUUUGUAUCGUGUUUCAAAUUUACCUACCUAAUGUUCUGAAAUGUUCUGAAACUUUUAGAACAAACUGAAUAUUUACCGUGUCUACCAUUCAAGAAACUGUGCGUACUUUGUACGAUGUUCAAUUUGAUCUGUUAUAAUUUUAAACAAUCGUAAAUAUUCCCAGUCAUAUAGAGAAUACAUACACACAUACACCAUUUUAACUACCCCAAAUAAAAAUUAUGUACUAAUUGUAAGUCAAUUAUUGUAGAUUGACGAGAUUGAUAUCUGUAAUGAAAUCGUCGAGUGAUACGUUUAUCAAAUUCGCUUGAUGCUUUUAUUGCACAUUUUAAAUUUCUACUGUGGAACGUAAUGUACUUAAUUAUGUAAAUUUCGGCAUUUGCAUAUUGAUCAUUAGAAUGAAACGAUAAAUAUUAUUAUCAUUAUUCGUUAUUUAUUAAUGAUAACAUUGUAAUAUAUAUUUUAUGUAAAAUAUUGUGGAUAACAUUAACACAUAGGCAAUAUUUGAUGAUCAAA